AAAGAGAGGGCCUUUUCAAAGUCGCCUAACAAUUGUUGAAUAUUAAAUGAAUUAAUUAUCAAAGUUAAAAAGGAAACAGAGAAAAAUUGGAAAAUAAAUGAAAUCUCAUCAGCUGGAAAUAUUUUAGUCUUCUAAAAAGAUUUAUCUACUUCAUUAGAAUUCUUCUCUUGCAUAUCAUACAAGAACUUGUAGCUAGUUCUUAAACUAGUGGAGAUGGAUAAAGAGCCUAGAAAACUUGUUUUUCAUUCGACUCCAGUGAUCUUCCUGCUUAUCCUUUCUUUGCUUUAUUUUGUUCUUUUCUUGGUCAAUUUUAUUUCGUUUGAUCAAUGGAAGAAAAACACCUCUAAUUCAGAAACAAUUUUCAAUAGCAGAAAGGUCAAUAAUGAAACACUUGAAGAAAAGCAGAACUCCCUGGAUUUUCUGCUUUCAAGCCUCCUAGCAGGGGGAGAUCAAGUGAAGCUCAAAGCCACUGGAUUUGCAUGUAAUACGGCAAUUUAUUCUGUUCAUUGUGUUGCAAAUCAACCUGUAAGGAUUGACACAAGAACGAUGACGGUUUACGUUCCCUCUGAUCAGCCUGUGCAAGAAACUGUUAUUAAGCCAUAUGCUAGGCAAGAAGAUCAUAAUCUUCUCAAAAUAGUGACACCAGUCAAGAUUUUGCACGGGAACACUACGCCACCAGAUUGUCAGUACAACCACGAAAUCCCUGCUGUGAUCUUCUCGUCUAGUGGCUUUGUGGGAAACGUGUUCCAUGAAAUCAAUGAAAUCAUCAUCCCUUUGUAUAUUACUACUAAAAAUUUUCAGUCCCGCAUGCUAUUCGUCCUUGAGGACUACAACCCAUCGUUUCUAAGCAAAUAUAGCAAGGUAAUCUCUCGUUUGUCGUCUUAUGAGGUCAUGAAUCCGGCUGCAAAUCAAAGCGUGCACUGUUUUCCUGGAGGUGUAGUUGGACUUAAGUUUCAUGGCCAUCUGUCUUUGAAUUCGAGUGAUGUCCCUAAAGGCCAUUUGAUGCACGACUUAAGACAGUUUCUUCGACAAGCCUAUAAUCUCAAGUUUAGCCAUGUAUCUCAGAUCAAAAGGCCAACGUUAAUGCUUUUAUCUCGGAGAACAUCAAGAAGAUUUUUGAAUGAAGAUGAAAUGGUUGCACUGAUGGAAGAGUUAGGCUUUCGAGUAAUUGUUGUUGCACGAGCAAAAGUAGUAUCGAGUAUGAACAUAUUUGCCAAUCUGAUAAACUCGUGCAAUGUAUUCGUAGCAGCACAUGGUGCUGGCCUAACAAAUGAGUUGUUCUUGCCUGAUGGUGCAGUCAUGGUUCAAGUUGAUCUGCUUGGCCUAGAAUGGGCAGGGGCCACCUAUUAUGGCAACCCAGCUUGUGCAAUGGGCGUGCAUUACUUGCGAUAUAAGGUUGAGCCCGAGGAGAGUUCACUUUUGAAAGUCUUUGGACGAAACCAUACAGUCAUUACCGAUCCCAGAUCCGUUCAUGACCCAUUAGGCAAGGAAGCAUAUCUUAAUGGUCAAAAUGUAAGAAUCAAUCUUGCUAGGUUUCGGGAGACAUUAGUCGAAGCUCUUAGUCUUGUUGGAGAUUCGACUCUAUAAUUUUACUCGUAAGCGAGGAUUCAUCGGUUGAGUCAAGCAAUCAGGCAAAUGUAUAAAUAUGUUGCUCCGAACAUAUCACGCAAGUAUAGAAAACAACUUGACAGCACAUUUUCUUUUUGUUGUUGAUAUCAAAAGAUGUAAAUGGCUAAUGCAGUUAUCAAUUUUUACAAGUAGUAGUGUAGCAAGCAA